AUGAGCGAUGACGUCGAUGAAGGUGAUGCUGAUAAUCCUUUCGAUUCGGAGGGAAAAGGUGUCGCCCACGUUUUUGCCACGACCUCCCCAAACAACAUUAAGAACUCGACAACUUUUGCUGGUCCUCUCCUGGUCGCACUGAAGUGCUCCGCAAAGUUGAUGUCACCACGUCGAACAGGACUUUUCCGUGGAUGGACGACUUACUAA